UGUGUGUGUGUGUGUGUGUGUGUGAGUCUAAUAAGAAGUCUUGAUCUCUACACCAAAAGAGGAAAUCGCGUCUUUUCGUCGCAGCUCCUCGUCUCCGAGAAGUUGACCGGGUUUUUUGGACCAUGGGAGGUUAUUAUGGGAUGGCGGCUCUGGUGGGCGUGGCUCUGCUCCUGACGACCGGCCAAUGUGACGUGGGCUGCCGAGGGACGGACGGCCGGGCGGGAGAGUCGGGAGCUUCGGGCCGAGAUGGAUAUGCUGGAGCGAAGGGAGAUAAAGGAGAGCCAGCUGUGAUGGACGACGGUCCUGUGGAUGACGGCGUCCUGCUGGCGCUGAAGGGCGAGGCGGGGAGUCGAGGCCCUCAGGCGGUCAUGGGUCCGAAAGGUUUCCGUGGACAUCUGGGAGGAGCUGGGGACCCUGGAGGGCUUGGUAGCCCCGGCCCCGAGGGGAAGAGCAUCGGCCAAGGAGGGCAGCUCUCCCCUCAGCAAGGCCGUUCAGCCUUCUCAGUGAUCAGGACUGAUAACAGUUAUCCUCCCGUCGGCCAGGUAGUAACCUUCCAGAGUACCGUGGUCAACACACUUCUGGACUUUGACUUAACCACAGGGCACUUCGUGUGCAGAGUACCUGGUGUUUAUUACUUCACCUUCCACUCUGUUGCCAAGGUCAGUGUGUGUCUGUACAUCAUCAGUACUGCUCUGACAGAGGAACUGGGAUUCUGUGAUUACAACCGGAACACCGAUCAGGUGCUGUCGGGCGGUGUGGUCUUAACGCUGACAGCCGGACAGAAGGUUUGGCUGCAGUCCUUUAAGGGCGAGCAGAAAGUCUCCGAAAUACGAGACAGCCAAGAGAAACGGAUCAUCUUCAGCGGCUUCCUGCUCUUCUCAAACCCAGAAUAAAUGUGUAUGUUCACAUUUUUCAAAAGCUGUUUUCAAUGGAGAAAUUCCCCUAAAAGAGUAUAAGGUACCUCAAUAUCUUUGAAUCAUUAGUAACUUCUGUUCAUCUGUUUCUCUCAUAUUGACUUGUGUAAACCGUCUUGACUGUAAAUGCAACUGAAACAGAAUCAAAGUUUAUUAUUGACUGUGCCUUGUGUGGGGUUAUAAUAAAGGUAUGAUUUCAUUACACACAGA